UCUCGAGCUCAUACAAGUCAAUACGCUCGUGAAUGCGGGAACUGCAGCCGCACACUCCGUAGUUGCCUGACGCGAGCUAUCGCUUCACAUGCGUGGAUGUUUCGUUCUCUUACCAAGAACUCUCCCAAGGCUUGUGAAACCGGGAAUACACGCUUUCUACUCGUGAUUUGCAAGUGAUGAAUAUGCUGAAUUGAGCGGCGGAGGAGACCUGCGGCUGAUACCAGUACUUUCUUCGUUGGAGAGAGUCCUCUCGCAAGUGCUCGCUUUACUCUAGUGGGAAAAGGGAAAUUACGGAUUCUACGUGCAGUUUUUCCAUUCAGAGGACAAUAUGCCUCAAACGCCACUGCUGACCGGCCUGCUGGUCUCCAGUGGUUACAAUAAGAACCUGUACCAGAACCAGACCAAGGAGGAGGGAUACAGUAACGCGGGAUUAUAUUACCAUGACAACACCCUUGUGUCCGGCUCACUGGAGGCCCUCAUACACCACCUGGUUCCCUCCAUGGACUACUACCCUGAUAUGACGUACUCCUUCACCUUCCUGCUUUCCUCUCGUCUAUUCAUCCACCCCUACGAGCUCAUGUCCAAGGUGUGUCACCUGUGUGUGGAGCAGCAGAGACUGAGUGACCCUCAGGCAGACAAGAUGAGGAUCAGGAAGAUGGCUCCCAAGAUCCUGCAGCUGCUCCAGGAGUGGACAGAGACGUUCCCCUACGACUUCAGAGAUGAGAGGAUGAUGAGGAGCCUGAAGGAGUUGACCCAACGACUGGCCUCGGGAGAUGAGCUGUACAGGAAGGUGGUCCAACAGAUGAUUCAGGUGCUAAUCAGGAAGCUGACUACUCUGAGCCAUUACGAGGAGGCCCUGGUCAAGAUCAACGCUACGGCCACAGACAGACUGACCGUGCUCAAGGCCAAGCCUCAGGCCAUGCUGUCCAUCUGCAACGACCCCUUCACCGUGGCCCAGCAGCUCACACACAUAGAACUGGAACGACUGAGCUACAUCGGACCAGAGGAAUUCAUCCAGGCCUUUGAGAAGAAAGGCCCUCUUGACAAUGAUAAGAGCUGCUUCAGCGACCACAAGAAGGCUAGCAACCUGGAGGCGUAUGUCGAGUGGUUCAACAGACUCAGCUUCAUGGUGGCCACAGAGAUCUGCAUGCCUGUAAAGAAGAAGCAGCGAGUGCGAGUCAUCGAGUUCUUCAUCGACGUGGCGCGGGAAUGCUUCAACAUCGGCAACUUCAACUCUCUCAUGGCCAUUAUCUCUGGGAUGAACAUGAGCCCUGUCUCUCGACUGAAGAAGACCUGGAGCAAAGUCAAGACUGCCAAGUUUGACAUCUUGGAGCACCAGAUGGAUCCUUCCGGUAACUUCUACAACUACAGAACAGCGUUUAGAGGAGCAACACAGAGGUCUAGAACGGCCAACAGCACUAGAGAGAAGAUUGUCAUCCCUUUCUUCAGCCUACUGAUCAAAGACAUCUAUUUCCUGAACGAGGGAUGUUCCAACAGGAUGCAGAACGGACAUAUAAACUUUGAGAAAUUCUGGGAGAUGGCGAAGCAGGUUAGCGAGUUCAUGGUUUGGAAGAAAGUGGAGUGUCCGUUUGAGAAGGACCGCAAGAUUCUCCAGUAUCUACUCACCGCACCUGUCUUCAGCGAGGACACUCUGUGUCUGGCCUCCUAUGACAGUGAAGGCCCUGAGAAUAACAUGGAGAAGGACAGAUGGAAAUCUUUGAGAUCCACUCUGCUAAGUAGAGUCUAGAGUUUCUGAAGAAGGAGGAGCCAAGUCAACCCCGUCUUGACAACCAAGCCAAUGCCCUGUGGGGACAUCCAAAUAACAGGAUCCCUGUUUGGAUGGGAGACAACAAUCUUGAUCGGUUCUGUUCCCCAGUCAUGGAUUUCUAACUAAGAAGCCAUUUGUUCGCUCUUCUUCAUGUUGUAUGUUUCCAGGAAAGCUUUUUUCAUCUCUUUGUAUGAAUUUGUAUACUUUUUUUUUUUUUUUUGAAAAAAAGAAAAAAAACUUUACGACCAUCAUGAGGAGGAGAGGAAAAUCCAGGGAAAUGCUUUUUUUUGUUGUCCUUUGGACACGUCUGCCGAAAAAUGUAAACACUGUGUAUUUACACCGGGGUGACACUGUUGAUGAAAAUCUCCUGACAUUUUCAAGAUGUAUUUUGACUUUCUACAGAAGCUAGGAGUUAGGAUUUGGCUGCUGGAUGGCCAACUGAUUCAGUCCUAACGCGUACAGCGAACAGGCUGCUCUCUCUCUCUCUCUCUCUCUUUAAAAAGCCAGCAUUGUGUUUACUGGGAAUCAGUAUACUGUAUAAUGGUGUCAAACCUAACAGCACGGUUGGCAUAUAAAAUAUGAAGCUAACUUUUUAUUUGUAUUUUUUUUUGUUUGUGUGUAAUUUGCUUUUCUACAUGUACCGUUAUUCCUGAUUCUCUUGAUCCAGUCAAGUGUGGUCGGCCAAUCCUUCAGAACUUUACUGCUCUAUGUGUUAAAAAUGCACCGGGUGCAUUGGAUUGAAAACAUGAUGUCAUUUUUGUAUAAAAGCUUUGUGAGACUCUACAACAAGAAGCAACAUCUUCCUUCUCCUCUCAUCCUUUUAUCAAUGGGACACUCAGCCAUGGGCAGAAACAGAGGGGUGGGUGGGGAUGUUAAGAUAGCUUGUGAAUCCCAAAUGGCACCCUCUUCGCUAUAUUAGUACACUACUUUGGUCCUGAGCCCUAUGAACCUAAAGUAGUGUACUAUGUAGAGCAGGGUUUCCCAAACUCGGUCCUCGGGACCCCAAGGGGUGUUAUUGCGG